AUGCCAACGAUAAAAGGUUUUGAAAAGAAGAAAGGUUUUCGCUUUUUCUUUACUUCGCAUGAUCGCGGAGAAGAACCCCAUAUUCACGCCGAAGGUUCUAGCGGAAUUAUGAAAGUUUCUUUAAAAAAUUUAUCAGUCGAAUAUUCCCGAGGACUAACUUAUUCUGAAGAAAGAAAAAUUUUAGCAAUCGCUGAAGAAAACCAAAAACACUUUUUAAAAGA